AUGAUAACACGACAAUCGCGAAAUGACGUCGAAGCACAAGGAGAACAAACCAUCGCACAAAACGACAUCGAGUCAACAGAAGCCAAUUUCAAAUCGUUGUUGAGAAAGCUCGCUUAUUUUAACCGAUCUACGGCUGAUACUCUAGAAAGUGAGUACGGAAGUGACAAAAUAAACAGACAAUAUACAUUGCUUAAAACCAAGCUGGACGAAGCGUAUGAUUUAAUACAAACUAUACAAGGUUUAAAGUUAGAUUCCGGCGAGAGCGACGAAGCAAUCGAUCAGUGGACUCAAGAAAGGAAAUUACAAGUGCAACCCUAUGAAAGUGCGGUCGAAAAGCUCGAUGAAAGGCUAAAACAUGACGAAAGUAUACGCAAGGGAAAGGCUCGUAACGACAAGUUAAACGAGGAAUCUAUUAUUCGCGACUGGAUGAGGCAAGAAGAACAGGAAGCUGAGAACAAUAAAAGAAUUCGUGAGGAAAAAUUCGCUUUACAACUUGAGGAAAAGAAAUUGGAAAUAGCAGAAAAGAAACGCGUGAAAUCGAAAUUACCAAAUUUGCAAAUAUCCAAGUUCCAAGGAACAUAUCUUGACUGGGUAAGAUUUUGGAGUCUUCUUUCAACUCAAAUUGAUCAAACAUCCAUUCCAGAUGAAGCUAAAUUUUCGUAUUUGAAGGAACUUGUCAUACCCAAGGUACGUGCAACAAUUGAGAAAUUACUAGCUGACGGUGUAGGGUAUAAGAAAGCCAAAGAAUUCUUAGAAUAAAGAUAUGGUGACUCUAGUGAAGUAGUGAGUGCCCAUAUUCAGGAAAUGUCGUUGCCAAUUAUUGCUGGAAUAUCAAGACCCAAGAAACACAAUUUUUACGACAAACUUUUGGGACAUGUUCAAGCGUUGGAAGCACUGGGGAAAUUGGAACAAGUUGCCGGUAAUGUGCGAAUGACCUUGGACAAAUUAGUGGGUAUCCGAGCUGAUCUAAUUAGAGCUGAAAAAGAAUGGAAGAAAUGGACCUUUACUGAACUUGUCGAAGCUUUACGUCAGUGGGUCGAGCGCAAUCCCCUACAACCUGGAGAUAAAGAUGGCGGUCAACAUCCAAAAUUUAAGCAAAGAGAAAACCAAUUUGCAACAAGAGAUCACUUAAAACAACGUCAAUCUGUAUAUUGUGAAAACGACGACCAUAGAUCAGUGGAAUGUACCAAAGUUGUCGAUGUCGGAGAGCGAAAGAGAAUCCUGAGCAUAAAGAGACGGUGUUUUAACUGUACGGGAGAAAAACAGAGCAAGAGAGUGCAAAAGCAAUACCCAAUGUUACAAGUGCCAACGUAAACAUCAUACAUCCAUUUGUGACAAAGCUGAACCAAGCCCUACAAUGUGCCAACCGAACCAAUCCAACGUGAUAUAUCCUGUAGUGGUUGUUGAAGUAGAAGGAGUAAAAUGUCGAGCGUUACUGGACACUGGUUCAGGAAAUUCUUAUGUAUCUGCUACGUUGAUGAACUUAACAAAAAAGAAGCCAAUUAGACAAGAGAUCAAAACCAUAGAGAUGAUGUUGCAUACCACUUCGAAGAAGAUUGAUGUUUACAAUAUUGAAAUCACAAACAUUAAUAAAAACUUUAGCAUGUCGUCUGAAGUGAAUUGUGUUGAUCGACCAGUGCUACUGACCUUGCAAAAUCCACGUUAUAGAGAAGUUAUUGCCAGUAAUUCACACCUUGAAGGCACAGAGAUGGACGAUGUUGAUACGAAGCCAAUGUUGCUAGUUCACAUGAUACUGGGUGCCAGUGAUUAUUCACGAGUCAAAACAAGCACACCUGCCAAAAUUGGAGGUGAUGGAAAACCAGUGGCUGAGAGAACGAGACUCAGGUGGACAAUCAUGUCGCAGGGACGGGAAAUACAUCACUCAUAUUUAAUGUUAGGGAGAAGCACACAUGAAGACUACAUGGAACUUUGUAUUUUAGAUGUUCUGGGGCUCAAGGAUCCACCUGAAGGUGAUCAAACAACCGUGCUUGAGGCGUUCAAAGAACAGUUGACCUGGAGAGAAGAUGGAAAAUACGAGACAGCACUACCAUGGAAAGCUAGCCAUCCCAAAUUACCAACCAACAUCAACGUUGCGCGACCGAGAUUUCAGUCACUACUGAAGCGACUGGAUAAACAACCUGCCUUACUUGAGACAUACCAUCAAAUCAUCGAAGACCAAGUGGAACAGGGAAUUGUAGAGAUUGCACCAACAGAACCAAACGAGAAGCACGAACAUUACAUUCCACAUAAACCUGUCGUUCGGGAACAAGCAGAAUCAACAAAAGUUCGUAUCGUCUACGACGCCUCCGCAAAGGUUAACGAAGAUAGUCCGUCAGCGAAUGACUGUCUAGAGAUUGGCCUUCCACUUCAACGAAAGUUGUUAGAUAUUCUUUUGCGAAACCGAGUUAAACCUGUGCUAUUAGCUGGAGAUAUAAAGCAAACGUUUCUUCAGAUUGUUAUCAGAGAAACCGAACGUGACGUUUUAAGGUUCCUGUGGAUAAAUAACUUGCACACCAGAGAAGAGAAGAUCUACCGCAUGACAAGACUUAUGUUUGGUCUGGGUCCAAGUCCAUUCUUGGAUGGACAUUGAACGUUCAUCUAGAGAAGUACUCACAAGAUCAUCCGAUUUGUGUUCGAGAGCCUAAACAUGGUACAUACGUCGACGAUAUAAACAUUGCAAGCGACACAGUGAAAAAACGAGAGAAAUCAAAGAAGAUGCUGUAA